AUGACCGACGGCUCUGCAUCCGGUAGCAAUGGGCGGCCAAGUCCCUAUGGUGGCAAUGUCCCUCGGCGUUUGUCGUACGCUUCUGUGGCAUCUGGCGCCACGGCUCAGAAUAUAAGCCAUCCCACGCGUGCAGGAGCCUUUUCUCAUCUCGUCGGGUCGACGCCUAGCAGCUCAUAUCCUCCACAAUAUCAAGCAGAUCUUCAACACCAAAGGCGACACUCCGGACAAGACCACGACUCUGCUAGUGGGCUAUAUUGGCGGAAGCCGCCCUCUCUACCGUCCUAUUCGAGGAAGUUCGCAAACAUCCCGGCUCUAGGAACAAGUGGGAUGCCUCCCAAUCCGUUCUUUAUACCAUCCUAUCUCCGCCAUUCGAGAUAUGCGGCGAAUCUCGAAGCUGCACAUAAAGCCAAGAUGAAGAGAGAACGGGAGCAGCCUUCGGCAGGAUCGUCGGCGAUGAACUCGCUUACCACGAGUGCAGGGAACACAAAUAUCCAUCGGAUGGCGCCAUCUCAUCGAGGCAUGACUUACGACAUCAUCGAGAGCAACCCACCCAGGGAGGAUGAGCAACCGAUGCCGCUGCCUUCUCGCUGGAGCGAGCAGGAUAAGUAUCCCGGGCUUGAUCUCUCCAACGAGGGGCGAGACGUGAAAUACAGUGGCUCAGGCAGCAAGGCCGAAAUUGAAGCGGCAUCUGUCCGCGCGGACUAUCCCAUGUCACCAGCGUGCGGGAUAUACUAUUUCGAGGUUGAAAUCAAGAAUAAGAGCAAAGACACCGCCAUUGCCAUUGGCUUUGCCACGGCCGAGGCUUCCUUAGAACGGCUACCCGGCUGGGAGACGCACUCUUGGGGCUAUCAUGGCGAUGACGGGAAGAUGUUCUUUGGUGAGCAUUCAGGACGGAACUAUGGCCCGACUUUUGGUGCUGGGGAUGUCAUUGGAUGCGGUGUCAACUUCAAUGCAGGCUACGCCUUCUUCACUCGAAACGGACAGGACUUGGGGAUUUGCUUUCGAGAGCUUAGGAAAGAUCUCAGGCCGUUCCCGGCAGUUGGGAUGAAGAAGCAUUCAGGCGCAUGGGUAUCGACAAACUUCGGUGAACGGCCCUUCGUCUUCGACAUUGACGAUAAGAUGCAGCUGGAACAGUCCCAGGUGUCGAGAGACAUCAUCAAGUCCAAAGUCACCCCGUUGCGAGUACAACGCGACGAGAACACUCUCGUACAAGAACUAGUGGCACAGUUUUUAGCCCAUGAUGGCUAUGUCGAAACAGCAAAAGCAUUUGCUGAGGACCUCCGGCGAGAGAAAGAGUCCUUGACCAAUGCAUUACCAGCCGCAACGCCGAUUCCGCCAGAGCGAGAUGACACCGAUGCUGUGCAUCGGCAAAGGAUACGACGAGCAAUCCUUUCUGGAGAUAUUGAUGAAGCGCUCGAAGUCACCCACGCCCACUUCCCUAGCGUACUUGCGGAGAAUCCGGACAUCGUGUUCCAUCUGAAAUGUCGGAAGUGGGUUGAGUUAAUUGGGAAAACCACGGAAUUGAACACGUCGAAGUCGGCCGAAAUGCAAGACUUGCAUUCGAGUAACGUUCCGGACAAGACACCAGCUGCUGAAGUGGACUUCUCACAAGACAUGGAACUCGAUGAACAUCACGACGGCGAAGGCCAGACUAAUGGCCUCGGCCGGCCAUCCGCUAACGACAAUGCGGUAGAAUACAACCAACUGCUCAACGAAGCGAUGCAAUAUGGUCAAGAAUUACAACGAGAAUACCGGGAUGACGAUGGCGAGUAUGCAAAGAGCCUGCAAGACAUAUUCAGCCUGAUGGCGUACAAUGACCCCAAAGGCAGCAUUCACGGACACCUCCUGGACCCGGCUGGGAGAGCGAAUGUUGCAGAAGAGCUUAACUCUGCCAUCUUGAUCUCUCUCGGACGGUCACCUUCCGCGGCGGUAGAGACGAUGUGGAAACAAACCGAGGUAUUGGUCGAUGUGCUUGCACAGGAGGGCGGGCCUGCCGCAUUCGUCAAUCUCCGCUCCUUGUUCUCUUCGUGA